AAAAUAGCCCAUCUGCCAGGGGGACACACUCAAGUUAAGUUUUAAUCAGGGGUUUCCUCAAGGCCAGUCCUGCACUUAAGUCACCUGAAGUCAAAAGUAGCCAAGUAUGACCUGUUACUUAACCACAGGGAUGAUGGACUCUUUUGGCUUGACACAGACUUUCACACAUGGGAAAAUAUCUUACAGAACUAUCUUUAUUCUUCCACUGCUUUUGAAACUUGCCUGAAGAAAAUAUUCUCCAUGGAGCCCAAAAUUGCCCAUUUUAAUAAAAUGAAGUUGCACAGCAACAAGAUACUUCUAAGCAGGACCACAACAUACUCUUCAGCUAAGCAGACACGGUAUCCACAUUCCUGCAAUGGUAGUUUCUGUUAUAAGCCUUUUGAAGAGCUUAGGUAAGCCAAUGAAGAAAGAAUGUGCUAUCUAGCACCCACAUACAUUAAUUUAAUAUUAUAAUUAGUAAGAUUCUGAUCCAGAAAACUAUUAAGUUCUGAAGUCUGCUGGAUUUCUGCCUAAUAUUAGCUUCCUUCCUGGAUAUUUAGUUUCUUGUGCCCUUACUAAUCUUUUCCCCCACUACCUAAUUUACUUUGUUUGGCUGACUCCUAAAAAAUGCCAAACAAAACAGCUCUGAAAAAAUCAAUUUAUAAAAUUUUUUGUUUUUCUUAUCUAUUCAGGUAAUCCAUAUGCUAUGUUUCAUAUAAUGCAUCUGGUAGUCUAAAAAUCAAAGACAUAAAAUUAGCUAUCCAUUUUCUAAUACCUUUGAAACUUGGAAAGUAUAUACUAGAAAGUACUUUUACAAAGAGAAUGAAAUUUCCAUAUAACCAAAGGUCUUUUUGCUUAGUGGCUUAGCCGAAAUAGUCAUAUCUGCUAAUACUCAGCUAUUUCAUCCUUUAAUGCCCAUUUUCUCACAAUCCCAGCUGCAAAACUGUUCUUUUAGUCCAGUUUUUGACCAAUUCCUCUACCUCUGACUGCUGUUCCUACAAGAAACAGAAAUUGCCUGUGGAACCCUGAAUCACAGUCACAGAAUGGCUUGGGAUGGACUUUAAAGAUCAUCAACUUCCAAACUGCUACAUGCUACUCAAAGCCCCAAACUCACUUGUGCUCGAACACUUCCAGGAAUGGGAGAGACACAGUUUUUCUGGGCAACCUGUUCCGGUGUCUCACGUUCUCUCAGUAAAGAAUUUUUUCCUAAUAUCUCAUCUAAACAUGUUAUCUUUCUUUGAAUCCACUCCCCCUUCCCAGUAUGUGCUCACAUAAGAAGCCUCCCUCCAACUUCCUUAAAGGUUGUCUCCAGUACACAGCUUCAAAACACCGCUUUUCUAACCCAGGUACUUCAAAGAAAGUGUAAAUCAGACUAACAGACUCGCCUACAUUCCUCCCUGGUUUUACAAGCGUGACAGAAGGCGCCUAAGAGGCCGAGUGGCUAGGCACGCGAAGUCGCGUCUUGCCGCCCGCCGUAGCGCCAGCCGCCAUUCAGAAUUCCCAGCAGCGAUUCCUCUCGGGAAGGCAGCUCCGCAUCCUCCCUCCUGCCCACACCACUACACAUCCCAGUGUACAUCGCUCCCGCGCAGGGCAUGCCGGGAGCGGCGAUCGAGUGACCGUUCCCUGGGCCCCGCGCAUGCACGAAGCGACGGCCAACGCGACCUUUUUGCUUCCAGCUACCGCCCCCCCCGCCACCCUCUCGGCCCGGCGGGCACAGCCGGAAACAUCCACCGUGCCGUGGGCAUACACCUUCUCCGGCAGAGCACAUGCUUCACUUGUUGCUAGGGGGUCUUCAGUCUUCUUUUGGUGGUCUUUUGGCAAAGGCUGCUCUUCCUCUUUGUCCUUUGGAUAACCUUACAGGUUAAAAAGUCAUACCAUCUCAGGGAAAAAGCAGCACAUUGUUGGUUUCUUGAAGCAGCAAUUCUAAUGAGUAAUGAGCAGAUGAUAACAAGUUAAACAGUGCCUGGUAAACAACGCAAUCAUAGUGGCAGCACUGCACAAGCAAUAUCAAAGAGCAGGAGCUUUGGUGUUCCUGAGUGAGUAGGAAACAUGCCCAGGAUCUCACCUGCCAGAGUGCCUGCAAUUUUUACAUAGAUUUCUAUAGGUCUUGUAACCAUGUCUGUUAAUGCAACAGAGAAUGAUCCUCCCAGAUUCUUUGUGGGUGGAGAGGAUGGAGAAGGAUUACUGGAUUCAGCCAGAUCUACAGAUUAUGAACACUUCUAUGACCAUGGGGAAGAAGAGGAGGAAGAGUAUGACUCUCCACCAGAAAGACAAAUUGCAGUGGGGAUUUGUUCAAUGGCUAAGAAAUCAAAGUCCAAACCAAUGAAGGAAAUUCUUGAACGCCUCUCCAUGUUUAAGUAUAUAACUGUGGUGAUAUUUGAAGAGGAUGUUAUUUUAAAUGAGCCAGUAGAAAAUUGGCCUUUAUGUGACUGUCUCAUUUCUUUUCACUCUAAAGGGUUCCCACUGGACAAAGCAGUAGCCUAUGCAAAACUCAGGAAUCCAUUCAUAAUCAAUGACUUGAAUAUGCAGUAUCACAUACAGGACAGAAGAGAAGUCUAUGGUAUUCUUAAAGCUGAAGGCAUUUUACUUCCUCGCUAUGCAGUUCUGAACCGUGAUCCAAACAAUCCCCAAGAAUGCAGCUUGAUUGAAGGAGAAGAUCAUGUGGAAGUGAAUGGAGAAAUUUUCCAGAAGCCCUUUGUAGAAAAACCAGUUAGUGCUGAGGACCACAAUGUUUACAUUUAUUAUCCAACAUCUGCUGGAGGUGGAAGCCAGAGGCUCUUUCGAAAGAUUGGCAGCAGAAGCAGUGUUUACUCUCCUGAAAGCAGUGUAAGGAAAACAGGCUCCUAUAUUUAUGAGGAAUUCAUGCCUACAGAUGGAACUGAUGUGAAGGUGUACACAGUAGGUCCAGACUAUGCUCAUGCUGAGGCCCGGAAGUCUCCAGCACUGGAUGGCAAAGUAGAACGAGACAGUGAAGGAAAAGAAGUGAGAUACCCAGUCAUUCUGAAUGCAAGAGAGAAGUUAAUUGCUUGGAAAGUAUGUCUUGCCUUUAAGCAAACAGUUUGUGGCUUUGAUUUGCUGCGUGCUAAUGGACAAUCCUAUGUCUGUGAUGUAAAUGGCUUCAGUUUUGUGAAAAACUCCAUGAAAUACUAUGAUGAUUGUGCUAAGAUACUGGGAAACAUCAUAAUGAGAGAACUUGCUCCCCAGUUUCAAAUACCAUGGUCAAUUCCUUUGGAAGCUGAAGACAUUCCUAUUGUGCCAACCACCUCUGGAACAAUGAUGGAGCUUAGGUGUGUUAUAGCUGUAAUACGCCAUGGGGAUCGAACACCAAAGCAAAAAAUGAAAAUGGAAGUAAAACAUCAGAGAUUUUUCGAUCUCUUUGAAAAAUGUGAUGGAUAUAAAUCUGGAAAACUGAAACUGAAAAAACCAAAACAGUUGCAGGAAGUGCUUGAUAUAGCAAGACAGCUCCUUGUAGAACUUGGGCAAAACAAUGAUUCUGAAAUUGAAGAAAGUAAAGCAAAACUUGAACAGCUAAAGACUGUGUUAGAAAUGUAUGGGCAUUUUUCAGGCAUAAAUCGCAAAGUUCAGUUAACAUAUCUUCCUCAUGGCUGCCCUAAGACUUCCAGUGAAGAGGAAGAUAAUAGAAGAAAUGAGCCUUCCCUGCUUCUGGUCCUAAAAUGGGGAGGAGAGCUGACCCCUGCAGGCAGGGUUCAAGCAGAGGAGCUUGGAAGAGCUUUCAGGUGUAUGUAUCCCGGUGGACAAGGAGAUUACGCUGGAUUUCCUGGAUGUGGUUUACUUAGGUUACAUAGCACUUACCGACAUGAUCUCAAAAUCUACGCUUCUGAUGAGGGACGAGUUCAGAUGACUGCAGCAGCUUUUGCAAAGGGACUACUGGCCUUAGAGGGAGAGCUGACUCCUAUUCUUGUCCAGAUGGUAAAAAGUGCCAAUAUGAAUGGUCUGUUGGACAGUGACAGUGAUUCUUUAAGCAGCUGUCAACAUCGUGUUAAAGCAAGGCUUCAUGAAAUUCUCCAGAGAGACAGAGAAUUUACUGCUGAUGACUAUGAUAAGCUUACUCCAUCUGGAAGCAUCUCACUGAUAAAAUCAAUGCAGAUUAUUAAAAAUCCUGUAAAGACAUGUGACAAGGUCUAUUACUUGAUCCAGAGUUUGACUUCUCAGAUCAGGCAGAGAAUGGAAGACCCAAAGUCUGCAGAUAUUCAGCUGUACCACAGUGAAACUCUAGAACUGAUGUUGCGUAGGUGGGCCAAGCUGGAAAAAGACUUCAAAACAAAAAAUGGAAGAUACGAUAUUAGCAAAAUUCCUGAUAUUUAUGACUGUAUAAAAUAUGAUGUACAACACAAUGGAUCCUUAAAAUUAGAAAACACAAUGGAAUUAUAUAGGCUUUCAAAGGCUUUGGCUGACAUUGUGAUUCCUCAGGAAUAUGGGAUUUCUAAAGCUGAGAAACUGGAGAUUGCCAAAGGUUACUGCACUCCUCUAGUCAGAAAAAUUCGUUCUGACCUUCAGAGAACUCAAGAUGAUGACACCGUAAAUAAGCUUCAUCCUCUCUACUCCAGGGGUGUUAUGUCCCCAGAACGCCAUGUUCGUACCCGACUGUAUUUCACCAGUGAAAGUCAUGUCCACUCCCUGUUAUCCACCCUUCGUUAUGGUGCCUUAUGUGAUGAAUCAAAAGAUGAACAAUGGAAACGAGCUAUGGAUUACUUAAAUGUGGUUAAUGAACUCAAUUACAUGACACAAAUUGUUAUCAUGCUUUAUGAGGAUCCAAAUAAGGAACUUUCUUCGGAAGAACGUUUUCAUGUAGAGCUGCAUUUCAGUCCAGGAGCUAAAGGCUGUGAGGAAGAUAAAAAUUUACCGUCUGGAUAUGGAUACAGACCUGCCUCCAGAGAGAAUGCAGGCUCGAAGAAAACCUCUCAUAGAAAUGAUAGUGAUGAGGAGGUGCAUGCUCCUAAAAGAGAUGAAACAGAUCGUUCAGUAGUGAUGUUCAAGCCAAUGGUAUCAGACCCAAUUCAUAUACACAGAAAGUCACCCCUUCCAAGAUCCAGGAAGAUUGGUUCUGUUGAAGAAGAGAGCCCCCUGAGUGUUUCUAGCCCAGAGUGUAUUGGUACCUGGCUGCAUUACACCAGUGGUGUGGGUACUGGGCGUCGAAGACGCAGAUCAGGGGAACAAAUCACUUCUUCCCCUGUCUCCCCUAAAUCACUGGCUUUCACAUCCAGUAUUUUUGGCUCAUGGCAACAGGUCCUAUCAGAAAGCAAUAGUAAUUUACGAACACCAAGAACUAUGCUGGAACAAAAGCAGAGUGGGCUAGGGUCUCACUGUGCGGGCCUGUUUAGCACCUCAGUGCUCGGGGGUUCUUCAAGUGCACCUAACCUACAGGAUUAUGCUCGUACGCAUCGUAAAAAGCUGACUUCUUCUGGCUUCAUAGAUGACACCACACGCGGUUCUGCUGUUAAAAGGUUUUCUAUCUCAUUUGCUCGACACCCAACCAAUGGUUUUGAACUGUAUUCCAUGGUGCCUUCUAUUUGCCCUUUGGAAACUCUACAUAAUUCCUUGUCUCUGAAGCAGGUGGAUGAAUUUCUUGCUUCUGUUGCUGCUCCGUCAAGGGAGAAUCUACAGGAGACAUGUACUGGCUACACUUCUCCAAUUUACAUGAUGCCCCUUUCAGGAAGAAAAAUUUCUUUAAAUACAUUUACCCCUGCAAAAAUUCAACCAACUCCACUUGAAACUUUGCCUGAAAGGCUAGCAGUAGAGAAACUAACCCUAUCUACCCUUGGAUGUCCUGUAAAUGUAUCUAAUAUUAAAUCAUCUCUUGAAGAGGCCUCACUAGGUGCAGAACUUUGUGGUGAAACUCCUUCUGAGAAAAAAUGAUCAUACAAAACUGGAAACAUCUUCUUAAAGGGUUCUUUAGUGUGCAUUCAAGCAAAACCAUUCAUGUCUGCAUCUGCAAUUCAUAGUGCACUUAAGAAUCUUUAUACAUGGUUAACUAGUGUACACCAUAUUUAGGUCAAGUGUCUUUUCUCAUUUUCGAAAACAUUUCAGGAAAUUUACUUUCCAGUUUGAUGAACUGCACACCUUUUAAUGGAAAAACUGCACAUGAACCUUUUCUGUGUCUUCAAAUACCUACUGUACACCUGUUCAAAAAGAUAUGGUAUGUGUUACUGUGGCUCUGUUGAUGUCACUGUAAUGACAGCACUGCCUGUUGUCAUCAUAAACUUCUAUUUUCAGGAGUUUAUAAUCUCCCUGUGAAUUUCUUCUGUGUGCUGAAAUGUAACACACAUCUUGAACUUUUUAAAAUUUAACUACAUUUCCAAAGAGGUCUCUUUUCCCUGUUUUGGAGAUAAGCAGGUAUUUUCUGCAUUUUAAUUCUCUAUAUCAUAUAUGCUGCAAUAAUUAAGCAUGAUGGAGUGAGUUCAUGUAUCAGCACUUCUGACUACUUUUUUUUUUCUGUUUACAUCGGACCUGUAACAUUCAAAUCUACUUUUGCUUUUAUUAUUCAGUACACAUGCUUGUAUACAGGUGCCUAUAUAUCAUCCAGCAGAUAAAACUGUCUUUUAUAUGUUUUUAUCAAAACCUUAUUUUGCUGACUGAAAAAACAGUUUUCCUUGACAUAUCUUUCUAGAAAAAGGUGAUGUUAAAAAGCAGGUUUUGUAGAAGGAGAUAUAGCUACAGCUAGACUGCUACUGGGUUUAUUCUAAAAAUUGUAAAUAUUCCAUUUGUGCUUUAUUAUCAUCCUUUCACCAGAGAGAGACUGUGGACUAUCAGAACUUAGUGCACACUGUUCCAAAAUACUCAGGAUUCAUAAUGGCCUGGGAAUUUUCAUCCCUCCCUCUUUCUGAUAUAGGUGGUUCACAGCAGCUCUCAAAACAAAAACCUCAAAAAAUCCAAACAAACCAACAAAAAACCACCAAUAAACAAACAGCAAAACAAAACAGCCCACCCCCUUAAAACCAAACAAAUUAAAAGAACACCCAAAAAACCAGGAAAAAAACCUCACAAAGCAAACAAACAAAAAAGGAAAAAAAAUUAAACAUUUUAUAAGAGCGGUAAGAAGCAUUUCUAAAUUGGUGGAAUGUGGCGUUGUGAUGUUAUUUAGAAUAAUUAUCCAGUCUAAGCAAUUGUAAUUUUUUUCUGUGGCAUGAAACAUUAAUGGGUUAUGAGUAUCCCAAAUGUAUGAAAAUAUAGACUAGUUCUUUAAGUUCAAGUGGCUUAGUAGUAAGAAUGGACUUCAUAACUACAAGUUAGGUACUUCUUACCAUGUUUCAGCUGCAGAAGACAUAGCUUAUGAAUAAAAUGUUUAAGUAGGGCUCUUACUUGUCUCCAGAGCCAGUGCAACUAUAGUUACAUACACUUUGUCACAGGGUCUUUUUUCAGUGUUUGCCAUAUAUGAAAUGGCUUCAGCAGACUAUUUCUAACAAUGCUGGUUAAAUACCAAAAAUAUGAAGGGUUUCACAGCUAUAUACUUCAAGCAUUUCAUUUACUGUAGUGUAAUUGUGUUGCUGACAAUGUUGGUCUUGCAUACAACUGAAUAUACACUUGUUUACUGUAUAAAAAAAAAAACUAAAAAAUUAAGUAUAUCAUUCCAAUCAACCAAAACUGCAGCAUAACUUUUUUUAUGUGCUCCUAAAUAAAACCAAGGUUACUGGCAACUUCUCUCUAUUGUUUUUUCUUUUAAAAGCACUGUGAAGUAUAGUGAGUAGCUGAAAAAGUAAUCUCAGUGGAAAACAACAUACAUAUAAGCCAUUAAUGUACAAAUAAGCCAAAAUAAUUCUUGGUGAUAAGGAUGUGGCAUAAAAGUAAAGACAGUAUCAUUUUAUAUUGAAAUCACUCCUCAAAUAGGUCAGUGGCAGUCACACGUUCUGCAGUGUCGUUCCAGAAUGGUAACAUCAAAUACAGAACCACUGUGAGUGCUCUUCUAUUUCCUGUUGAGACUGACAAUAGGACAUAAUGUGCACUGCACAGAUUUGAAUCUGUUUUUAAUUCAGUGUCUCUAUGCAAUACCACUCUCUUAAACUUUUUGAACUAUACAACCCAUUCCAACCAGAUUUGACAGAGGUCAAAGAAUAUGGUUACAGAAAACCAGUGUUCAAUAUAUGACUGUGACUCCCAAAAUAUUGUCACCCUGCAAUCUAAUUCAAGCGAUUAUUUAGCUUAGCAUUUCUUCAAAAAUGAAGUAUCAUUACAAAAUAGACAAACCACAAAAAUGUGUGUGAAAACUCACAAAAUUAAUUUAAAUCCUCUUUAAUGUUUCUUUAUUAUAAUAAAUAAAUAAAUUUCAGUUCUGUAAUUAUCCAAGCUCACAGAAGCUGUUAAAGGAAAGUAGAUGUGGUUCCAAAGUUUAAUUUUGUAGAAAUCCAUAUUAACAAGCCUAGGGAGGUAUGCAUAAAAGAAAUAAUUAUUAUAUAAUGAUAUAUCAAAAAUAAUGAUUAUACAUUGAACAACAGUAUCAAAAACAGUUCAAAGUAUAAUGGCAGAAGAGAUGUAACAAAGAUUUUUAAAAGCCAUUUCAGUGCAAUAGACAAGUGGCAGAACAUAGGACUACUUCCUAGUCAUCUGACACAGACAGAAGCAUAAUAUUCCUUAAUUUUUCCUGCUUUUUUUCUUUAUCAAUUUACAGCAACUGUAUUUUUGAUAGUCUCAUAAGUGACUUACUAAAGAAAAAAAAAAAAUAACAAAAACUUUUCCAAAAAGUAAAUUCUGCAAAAAGCAGUGU